AUGCUGCGUGUGGCAGACGUCCAGGACGACCAUGCCCUGGCGCAGUAUGUGAUCGACGAGCUGGCCGAGGCUGAGCUGCCGGACCUCGGUUCCCGGCUGCCGGAGAUGCUCGAGAGGUACAAGAAGGCCGGCCUCGACGUUCCGGCCCGUCUGCUCGAGCCUGCCGCACAGACUAUCGCAGAGCUGUUCCACGCCGGCAGGUGGCGGAUGGUCGCCAAGCAGGCCCUCGACGAUGACGAGUACUGCGUGUCGCUGGCUUGCGACGGCCGGCCGCUGGCGCCGUGCUUCAACACGAAGAAACUCAGCUUCCCGCUCCGCGACACGCUCGCCAUCGAGCUCGCCAACGGCUCUGUCGCCGCCCUCUCGCUGCUCGAGACGGCCGCCGAGACCCCGGCCGUCCGGCUCGUGGCCGCACACACAAUUCUGCCCCCACGCGAGGACGCUCCGCAACCCCACGUAGCCGCGCCGGUGGCCGAAAAAUCGUUCGUCCAGAAAUAUUGGAUGUACUUUGUGCCGCCGCUAAUUAUUCUGAUGGUGAUGUCUCCCCAAUAG